UGCGCCCCGAGGCUGCAGCCCCGCAGCCGCAGGAGCAGGUGCCGAGCAGAUAGCGUGGCGCCAAACCAGUGCCGUCCAACUGAACCAGUGGACAGGAGGCACCCCCUGCAACGGGCUGCACUCGACUACUCGAGGGGAGGACCCCGUCUGGCCGUCUCCAGUUAAACCAGUCGCCUCAUCCUCUAUCCCGAUCUCUUCUUUUGUCGCCUCCGUGCGUGCCCCGGGGGCCUUCGCGCGCAACGAUCAGCUCAGUCCGGCUGAUGCGCAUGCUGCCAACACCCCUCCGCCAAUCGUGAAACACGACCCGUCGUCGGGUGGUUUGCUUGUUUGGUCGUCGUCGCCGAUCCUCGCGGACGCUCAUGGUCAUGGCGCCUCAGCCUUUGCGCGCUCUGAGGCCGAGCGCCCCCGCCGCAGGCCACGCGGCGUGCAGGUGCUCGGCGGCCGCGCCGCUCUUCGGGAAGCGGGCGCCCCUCGUCGUAGCGUUCCCCCGCGCCGGUAGCGGCGGCGGCGCCGUCGUCGUCUCGUGCUCGGCCGUGCAGGAGUCGUCCACCUCCACCACCGUUAGCAAGAAGAAGGAUGCUGCGGACGGUGCCAAGGAGGCCACAGCAGCGGCGGCGAAGCCGGCCGCGGCUGCCAAGCCAAAGAAGGCCGCAGCACUGCCGCUGCCGGAGAUGAUGCAGCAGGAGAUCAUCCCACCGCUGAAGGCCGCCUUGGAGGCGGAGGAUGACGUGUCCCAGGUCGAGCUUGCGUUCCAAAACAACACGCUGGAGGGGUCCUUCAUAAAGAAUGACGUCCCUUAUUAUUUUUGGGCUUUCUUUCCAAAAGGAGAUCUCACAGGACCGAAGGGCUUUGCGCUAUCGUCUUACAGCAACGAAGUGAGCACCAUCGAGCCAUUCCUGAUCGACGAGAAGAGGAUAACGGCCAAGUACGUGGUGUUCUGGGUUUACAAGAGGCUGGCUGGGCAAGGCAUCCUUCCGGUCUGGAAGGAAGAGGAGGGGGAGGAGGAGGACGCGAAGUAGUAGGUUGCGCAGGCACAUACGCAUACACACAGGGUGCUGCUGUGAACAUACACACAUGUAACGCUGUAAAGUUAAUCUGCUAUCUAGUAAAGUUCAUCUGCUGUGAACAUACACAUGUAACAAAGAUACUUCAGUUUCAGCAGUUAAAAAACUUUCUUCCGCUGUGAGAUAAGAUCAGUCUUGUAAAUGUCAGGAGAGGUGCACAUUGUGGA